GCUCUUGCAGAUAAGCGUGCAAUUGUGACUGAGGCGCCUUCGAUUACGCUCUUUCGUGUGAAUAACUGAGACUUUUGACUUUUACUUCCAACAGUGUAAAAAUGUCGCUGCAAAUUCUGGACCCAGAGAGUGUCGACUUCGACAAGUCCAAAGUGAACGAAGAUCUGAAUUUCAAGACAAAGGCUGUGUCUUGGUACACGACGCGAAACGCGUUGAGAUGCGACGUCGGAUUUUGCGGCCAGGACGAUUCUGCUGUCAGGUAUCUGCACCUGCCCAAGAGUGGCAGGGUCAACUUCAACUUGAACAGAACCCAUCCAGAUGAUGACUUCAAACUGGACAAGUACACAGAGAAUGAGGACAUCAGUGACAUGCUGUCUUGGGUGCAAGAAAUUGGUUCUAAUGAGGAGAGCUUUGAUAAUGCAGAGUUUAUCUGCAUUCGGCAUGAGCUGGUUGAUUUGCUUUUGAUGCCGUAUGCAACAUCAAGGUUUAACAAGGGAGUCAAGCUAUACAUAACUAAGGCCAAAGGAAAAAUUUACAUUCGUGGGGCCAUUGCUGAUGGAGAAUUGCAGAGGAAAAACCCAAAAGUCUUGAAUGACUUUGAAUUGAAAAGGACAAAGCAUGGGCUUAUGUUUCAGCACUUCACCAUUUCUGAUUCGCCAACCAAGGCUCCGGUUCCAGACAAACCCUACAGACGAGGAGAAAGUACCUUGUAUAUUGUCUUUGAGGGUGCCGUUGGCGAGCAUAAGCUGCUUUACGCUUCCAAGGUAAAAGCUUUGAAUGCGCCUGACGACCUGCUGAACCUCGAACAAGCAACAUUCACUGAUGUCCGAACCAAUCUAGGAAUGUCAUCAUCUGAAAUCAAAUGGCGAAAAUGGUUUGAGUGGUGGGGCAACUGCAUUACUGGGAAAAUGGACAAGGUGGCCGUUGGCUUUGUUGGAAAAGGGUCUUUCGUGGGCCAAGUGAAAAAUUUUGAAAUCAUUCCAGCCGACUCCAUGAUCAAGAAAUGCGAGGUGGCCCACAAAAAGGAUCGAUUCAGAACUUCUGAGAGCUCACCAAAGGGCCAGUACUGUAUUGAUGCUCUUGAUAAGGUUCUGUCCUUCUUCAAGUCUGAGCUGAAGGAUGCCAAACCUUCGGAGGUGUAUGUCUUCAACUUCGACCCAUCUCAGUCAAGAGUGGCAAAUUUGGAGCGGCUCGGAACUUCCGGAGAAAAGAAAAUUUUUGUUAUGCCUGAUUGGUAUGCUAAUUGGCUAAAAGUGUAGAUUGACCCUUUCUAGUUCAUCUU